AUGGAUGCCAAGUGAAGGGGUCACAUCUGCACGUGGUUGCUGAUUCCUAUACUUAUUAAACAACACUCCAUUUUUCCCACUAAAACCGUUCAGUCUUUCACCACCUAGCUGUUGCUAGCUGUCUCUAAUCCCCUCCCAUGUGACCCACCUCUCUCUCUCUCUCUCUCUCUCUCUCUCUUUCUUCAUCUCCAAAACCCUUGGUGAAACAAACAUUGCAUUACAUUAUACCAAAAUCUAGGUAGAGGGUAGGAAGAAAAAGGAGAAAGAAAAAACCUUUAUGGCAAAUGAAUGAAAACACCAUUAUCAAGGCUUUAUUACAUGCACAAUGCCAUUGUCUCUCAUCAUCUCUUUAAUCUCUCUUUCUCUCUCUCCCACUGCUUUUAGAAACCCAAGAACAAGAUUUUGAAGUAAGAUUUUCGGUUGUUUGUGUGUUGGUUAGGUUGUUGGGAUCUCUGUUGUUCCUCUUUCUCUCUCUCUUUCUCUUUCUCUUUCUCUUUCUCUCUCUGUCUAUUUUCUCAGACACACGAUUAGAUACACAAGGCCAUUAUACGUAGUACACAAAUUUCUCGCUAUCUCUCUAUAUUUGGGGUCACACAUACAUAGGUAAUGGCACAGUUACCUCCCAAAAUACCAACCAUACCCCAAAAUUGGCCAUCUUUUUCUCACCAAAGGGUGCCCACAAUGGCCAACUUCACACCCACAACCUCAUCCACCACCACCACCGUCGCCGCCGCCGCCACCACCACGGCUCCCUCCCAACCCUCAUGGGUCGACGAAUUCCUUGACUUCUCCUCCACCCGGCGGGGGGCUCACCGGCGAUCCGCCAGCGACUCCAUUGCCUUCCUCGAGACGCCGUUUCUCGAGGAAUGUCGAGCCGGUUUCGACCGGCUCGACGAGGACCAGCUGAUUUCCAUGUUCUCUGACGACAUUUCAGCAGCGGCACUACCGCCGCCACCGCUUUCAUCGGCGUCCAACCCCUCCUCGCCGUCCUCCGACCAAAAUAGCAACAACGAGGAGAAGCCCAUGGCAAUGACGUUGGACCUCAAGCCGAAGNACUAA